GAAUGAAGUAGAACGAUCACGUGCCUUUACUGGACUACAUGUUAAAUACCGACAAACUUUGAAUUAUAUUUUAGUUUCGUCCAUUGCGAAUUGCGUGAAAGUGAAAAAAGUGUAUACUAUAUUCGUUGGAUUCAAUAAUUCUGUUGUGAUUGUGAUACAAGUGUGCUGAUAUUGAUACAAUGGAAUGUAAAGUGAUUGAGUCACAGAAGGGAAAACAAAUGCUUGUUGUUGAUGGAUUUGUCUUAACAAAAAACAGACAAAGAGGAGACCUCUUUUACUGGGAAUGUAGCCAACGCCAGCAUUUAGCUGCUCGUGAAACGGCAGAUACUCUCUGCAAAGCUCGAGCUAGCACGAUUUUCUUAAAUGGUUCCCACACAUUGAGAAAAUGUAGUGCACACAACCAUGCACCACAAGCCAGUGACGUCGUCGUUCGUGAAAAAUUGACACAGCUAAAGACCAUUGCUGCCAUUAGUCAAGAAUUACCAACUCAAAUGGUAGAGGCUUCAACAUCUGACAUGAGCAUGGUAACAAGGGUUGAUAUGCCAUCAAAGCAGGCAUUAACAAAGCGAAUUAAAAGGACUCAAAAUAAAAACCAUCCAGUAGAGCCACAUACAUUAGAAGAUGUGGCUAUUCCAGAUGACCUGAGGUUGACACAGUCAGGAGCUUUGUUUCUGUUAAAGGAAAGCUCCAUAAACAAUGACAAGUUGCUAAUAUUUUCUACUGAAUCAAACAUCCAAAAGCUUGGUGAGGCUAUGUAUUGGAUCAUGGAUGGUACUUUCAAAACUGCUCCUAAUAUUUUCCUACAAAUCUACUCCAUUCAUGCCCCAGUAGGUUACGAAAACUGCAGAGUUUUACCGCUUGUCUACAUUUUGAUGUCUCGAAAAACCGAGGCUAUGUAUACACGAGCUUUCCAGGACCUCGCAGAUAUCGCAGAAAAAAUGCACAUACACUUAUCUCCACGGUUUAUUGUCACUGACUUUGAAAAAGCUGCAAUCAAUGCUUGCAUUGAAUUCCCAACAGCUACAAGUAAAGGGUGUUUUUUUCAUUUUAGCCAAAAUAUAUGGCGAAAGCUACAAGCGUUGGGUUUGGCACUUCUUUAUGGCCAGGAUCCACAGUUCUGCCUGCUGAUGCGGCAAAUAGCAGCACUUGCAUUUCUUCCAAGUGCAGAGAUUCCGGAAGCAUUUAAUGAAUUAAAAAACAUUUUCCCACCAAACACAGCUGAGUUAGUAAAGUGGUUUGACGAGACCUACGUUUGUGGUCGAGUGAGGUUGUUAAACGCAAGAGAGGUGAGGGUUCCACCACUUUUUCCACCAGAGUUCUGGUCUGUACAUGACAAUCAUGUACAUGGGAUUCCUAGGACACAAAACACGGUUGAGGGGUGGCACAGGAGGUGGCAGGUAAUUGUAGGGAAGGAUCACCCUGGAGUAUUUUGUUUACUAAACAAACUAAAGCAGGAACAAGGUAGAGUUGAAGUAGAAAUAGAGGCUUGGAGAGCCAGCAAAAAAGCGAAAAAAACAAUAUUUACAGAAAGAGGACAGGAUAACAACUGUAAUUGCAGAAAGGGGAAACAGAACUACACUUGA